AUGCACGUCACGCCGAGCACGGACCUCUUCUGUGCGGCUCCCGGGGUGCAAGCCGCCGUCCGAAACUUGGACGAAGGGCGGUUGGCCAGGCUUCUGGCCGACUUGGAGGAAAGGCAUCGCUGGCUCGUCUAUGAGGCUGAAGCUCCUGGCAGCAAGGGUGUGACAGACUGGACUCGACGCUGUGUGCGCCAGGCGGAUCACAUCCUCGUGGCGACGAACUUUAACGGGCAGGGCCGUGGCGAUGUGGAGCCGACUCUGAACGAGAAGCACGUCUGUGACGCAGCGCCGCUGUACGUCACCCGAGAGCUGCUCCUGCUCCACAAAGGAGUCCAGGGGAAGAGUGGCAAAGUCUCCAAGCUGUCCUCCAUGGACGACUGGUUUGUGGGUGCGGCUGCGCGGGCUGACUCGCUGCGGCCGGGCGUUACAGGCUUCGUGCGACAUCACCUCUUUGCACCCCGUCGUGGUGGCGGGGCUUUGAGGUCGACGCGCCAUUACUUGAAUCCGCGACCGUGGGCCAGGAGGUGGCACCAUGUGCGCGUGGGCCACGGGGACUCGCUGGACUGGGCCAGGUGCGCGCGGCUCCUGGCAGGGAAAGCCAUUGGUGUCUGCUUUGGCGGGGGUGGUGCACGUGGGAACUGCCACUUCGGCGUCAUAAAGGCGAUGCAGGAACUUGGCAUACCGAUCGAUGUGGUCAGCGGCACAUCGUUUGGAGCCCUCGCGGGGGCGAUGUAUUCCAUGAGUGCGCCCGAACCUCGCUCUCUGCCGGCGCUGGUGAAGAAGGCGAUGGGCAAGCAGUUUUCCACCCGGAAGAUGCUCCUGGAUUUGAACUUUCCCAGAACUGCAUACUUCACGGGGGCCUACCUCAACAACGUCCUGAAAGAGAUCUUUGCUCGCCGACGGCUUGAAGAUCUUCUGAUUCCCUUCGCGUGUACCAGCACGGACAUCGUGAACUUCGAGGAGAAGGUCCACAGAGAUGGCCCGCUGUGGCGUGUGGUCCGGGCAUCGAUGAGCCUGGUUGGCUUCGUGCCGCCGAUCCCUCACCAGGAGCGGAGAGAGGAUGGCAAAGUCAACACCACCUUGCUGGUCGAUGGAGGGUAUGCAAACCAGUACCCCAUCGAAGCUCUGAAAGAGCAUGGUGCGGGUACAGCAGCUGGCCCUUGA